AUGCUGUGCUCUGGGAUUGAUGCUGCCCCACAGCCCAGCACGGGGCUGACUCUGGGCCAUGGGACACCAGUGCUGUCAGGAAUUCGCCCUAAACCUAUCCUCAGAGCACAAACAGAUUCUGUGGUCUCUGAGCUGACUACAGUGACCUUCUUGUGUGAGGGAACCAUGGGAGCCCAAGAAUACCGUCUGUAUAAAAAUGGGCAUUUCAGGAACAAAAAAUAUCCACCAAAUCCUAAGAACAAGGCUGAAUUCUCAAUCUCAAAAAUAGUCCCUCAGGAAGCAGGGCAAUAUACCUGUCAAUAUUGGACCCAUUAUGGAUGGUCAGAGCACAGUGACGCCCUGGAACUGGUGGUGACAGGGGCCUACAAUAAACCCAGUCUCUCAGCACAGCCCAACCCUGUGGUGACUGAAAGAGGGAAAGUCACCAUCCAGUGUGGCUCAAAGCAACAAUAUUCUGGGUUCAUUUUGAUUAAGGAAGGACCACAGGAAGAAUCCAGGAUACUGGACUCAGAGUAUAACCAGUCUACUUGGCAGUAUGAGGGCAGGCUCCCUGUGGGCCCUGUGACCUCCAGUCAAAGGUGGACAUUCAGAUGCUACAGCUUUCGCAGUAACAGCCCAUUGGUGUGGUCAGAUCCUAGUGACCCUCUGGAGCUCCUGUUCUCAGGGACCCUCCACGAACCCACCAUCAAGGCUAAGCCAGGCCCUGUGGUUGCCUUAGGAAGCCCCAUGAACAUCUCCUGUCAGGGGACCCUGAAUGCAGAAAUGUGUUUUCUGCAUAAAGAGGGAAGCCAACAAACCUGGGGUACACAGAUCCCAAAGGAGCCUGAGAACAAGUCCACGUUCUCCAUUCCUUCUGUCACAGAGGACAGUGGGGGGCAAUAUCGCUGUUACUGUUACAGCUCAGCUGGCUGGUCAGAGCCCAGUGACACCCUGGAACUGGUGGUGACAGGAAUCUAUAACACUAAACCACACCUGGUAGAAUUGCCCAGCCCUGUGGUGACCUCAGGGGGGAACAUGACUCUCCAGUGUGUCUCACAGAUGGUUUAUAACAAGUUCAUCCUCACCAAGGAAGAUCAGAAGUUCUCCAGCUCCCUGAACUCACAGUAUAUAAACAGUAUUAAGCAGUACCAAGCCUUAUUCUCUAUAGAUCAUGUAACAGCAGACCACACAGGGACAUUCCGAUGCUAUGGUUACUACAAGCAAACCCCACAGCUGUGGUCAGCACCCAGUGAGGCCCUGGAAAUGCACAUCUCAGGUGAGUCAGCCCCAUCACUGACCAAUCAUUUUUAA